AUGGGUGAUUUGGCUUCUGAUUCUGAAAAAUUACCCAUGGAGGGUCACGGUAUGUCUUCUGUCUGCAAGGAUGACAUAGCUCUGCUAGAGGAGGCACUUCCUCCAGCGGGGCAGGCUCCACGUUCAUGUGUGGAACUCCAUCAUAGCCAGAAAGGAACUCAUAAACAAGGCAGGGAUGUUGCUUCUUUGGAGACUGAAGUGGAUACUUCAGGUUCUCCCAGCUCAGGAAUAAAGAGAGGCAAAGGAGGUGAUGGGAGCUCCCAUGCAAUCUCCAAUCACAUUGAACCAAAGGAAUCUUCAACUUAUGAGCGUUCGUCGUCCUUUCCGUCGACGUCAAGGCUUCUCGUCUCCGCUAUGAAAGGAGGCCGUGAGAGAAGUGGUGAAACAUCGCCAACUGGAGUCCGCCACGUUAAUUGGGCCCCAGAUGUGUACGACCCCCCGGUCACCUCUGUCGACCACACGGUGAAGGGCCACCAACAGCGCUCCAGGUCCAGGAAGAAGGACAAGGGCAAGCAGAAACAGAAGCAGAAGAAGAGGAAGUCGCGUGGGAACAGCAAGAAGAGUGGCGGCCUCCACGACGCCGCCCACAACCCGCCUGCUCUCGACGUGCCCGGGCCGUCUUCGCCUGAAGAACUAGGCUUAGGGGAAGUGGGGGAGGCCGAGGUGCUGGACUACAGCGCCUUCGACAGUCAGGAGCCCAAGUGCGGAGGCGGCUUCCCACGCGAGAUCGCCGCGGCGCGGACGUGUUUCCCCGCCGCCGAGGCGUCAUGA